UCAGUUUGCAUGUUUUACUGUGGACGCUGUUAGUGGAAUUUCUCAAUGAUCCUGGGGGACAACAUGGCUGUUUGUCUACACUCUUUCUCUGGAGUUUGGUCAAGACGAUGAGAUCACCACUAAGGAUGUUUCCACUCACAGGAAAAUCAAUUAUUUUUGACAACUUUCCGGAUCCUUCUGAUACUUGGGAAAUCACAGAAACUAUUGGAAAAGGAACAUAUGGCAAAGUCUUCAAAGUCCUCAACAAAUAUGAUGGAAGUAAGGCAGCUGUUAAAGUACUGGAUCCGAUACAUGAUAUUGACGAGGAGAUAGAAGCAGAAUACAACAUUCUAAAAGCACUCUCUGAUCAUCCCAAUGUGGUGAAGUUUUUUGGCAUGUUCUACAAAAGAGAUGUGAAAAAUGGAGAUCAACUAUGGCUUGUUCUUGAGCUUUGCAAUGGUGGAUCAGUCACAGACCUGGCUAAAGGUUUGCUGAAACGAGGAGACAGAAUGGACGAAGCAAUAAUUGCUUAUAUUUUACAUGAAGCUCUUAUGGGUCUUCAGCAUUUACACAGCAACAAGACAAUCCACCGUGACGUCAAAGGCAACAACAUCCUGUUGACUACAGACGGAGGAAUCAAACUUGUGGAUUUUGGUGUCUCUGCUCAGCUUACAAACACACGCCUACGCAGAAAUACAUCCGUGGGAACCCCAUUCUGGAUGGCACCAGAGGUAAUUGCUUGUGAGCAGCAGUUGGAUUCUACUUACGAUGCUAGAUGUGAUGUCUGGUCUCUUGGCAUCACUGCCAUUGAACUUGGAGACGGAGAUCCACCACUCGCUGACCUGCAUCCCAUGAGGGCUCUCUUCAAGAUACCAAGAAAUCCUCCUCCAUCCCUUCGUCAGCCAGAGCUGUGGUCCCCGGAGUUUAACGACUUCAUUUACAAAUGCCUGACUAAGGACUUUGAACAGCGGCCCAUUGUCCUCGACCUUCUGCAGCAUGCCUUUAUCAAACAGAUCAAAGGGAAGGAAAAACUUUUACAGAAGCAGUUGAUGGAACUUAUUGAUGUUCAUCACCAAAUGGGAACCAUUGAGAAGAUCAGGCAUGAAAGAAUUCACACCAAGAAAGACAGCUACAUGAAGUCUUUUAAGUCCAACCAGGACUAUGUGGAUGACUUAGCAACAUUAGAAGUACUUGACGAAAAUACAGUAACUGAUCAACUGCAGAAGCGCUACGCCAGAGAGCAGAUCUAUACGUAUGUGGGAGACAUUCUCAUCGCAGUCAAUCCAUUCCAGAAGAUGAAUCUCUACACUCCUCAGUACACAAGAAUGUACAUUGGAGCAAAACGGACAGCAAACCCACCACACAUUUUUGCAGUUGCUGACAUAGCGUACCAGUCCAUGGUCUCUUAUAAUGCAGAUCAGUGUGUUGUAAUCAGUGGUGAGAGUGGUGCUGGGAAGACUGAAGGAGCCCACCUACUAGUUCAACAGCUAACGGUUCUUGGAAAGGCGAACAAUCAGAGACUUCAAGAAAAAAUCCUCCUAGUGAAUAAUUUGGUAGAAGCCUUUGGAAACGCCUGCACUGUUAUAAAUGACAACUCCAGCCGAUUCGGCAAGUAUUUGGAAAUGAAAUUUACAUCUGGAGGGACCGUGAUUGGAGCACAAAUCUCAGAAUACCUUCUGGAGAAAUCUCGGGUCAUCCAUCAACCUCUUUGGGAGAAGAAUUUUCACAUUUUCUAUUAUGUUUAUGCUGGUCUUGCAGAACGGAAGAAGCUCGCCCAUUACAAAUUAUCCGAAAGCAAAACUCCAAGAUAUUUGCAAAAUGAACAUGUGAAAUUGGCGCCAGAUAUUGUGAACAAUGCAUUUUAUAAGGAGCACUUCAACCUUGUGGAGCAGUGCUUCAAAGUCAUUGGAUUCAGUCUGGAGGAGCUGGGAAGUGUUUACAGCAUUCUGGCAGCAGUUUUAAAUGCUGGCGACAUUGAGUUUACAUCAGUUGCCUCGGAGCAUCAGACUGACAAGAGCAAUAUUUCAAACCUUGCUGUUCUUGAGAAUGCUUCCUCCUUACUUUGCAUCCGAGGUGACGAGCUGCAGGAGGCCCUCACCUCUCACUGUGUGGUGACUCGAGGAGAGACGAUCGUCCGUCCCAACACAGUUGAAAAGGCAGGCGAAGUACGAGAUGCCAUGGGCAAGGCUUUGUAUGGACGUCUUUUUAGUUGGAUUGUCAACCGCAUCAACUCCUUGCUUAAACCUGAAAUGCUCACAAGUGAUGAAGACAACGGGUUAAACAUUGGGAUUUUAGACAUUUUUGGCUUCGAGAACUUCAAGCGAAAUUCAUUUGAGCAGCUUUGCAUCAAUAUUGCUAAUGAACAAAUUCAGUUCUACUUCAACCAACAUAUUUUUGCCUGGGAGCAGAAUGAAUACUUGAAUGAAGAUGUCGAUGCUCGAGUCAUCGAAUAUGAGGACAACAGGCCACUUUUGGAUAUGUUUUUGCAAAAGCCAAUGGGACUGUUGUCACUGUUGGAUGAAGAGAGUCGAUUCCCACAAGCUACCGAUCAAACUCUAGUAGAAAAAUUUGAAGACAACCUUAAAUCAAAAAAUUUCUGGAGGCCAAAAAGGGUUGACUUAAGCUUUGGAGUUCAUCAUUAUGCUGGAAAGGUUCUUUACAGUGCCACAGGAUUUCUAGCAAAGAAUCGAGACAUGCUGCCUGCUGAUAUUGUCCUUCUCCUACGGUCUUCAGAAAAUGAACUCAUCCGAAAACUAGUAACAAAUCCACUAACAAAGACAGGUAACCUGGCCCACACAAGGGGCAAAGGAGUUGGACUCAAUCGACCCCGCACACCCCAGAAAACGAUUCAUGCUACCAAGAUGGAAAUUCUCAAGUUUUUCAGUCCGUUGUCCAUCAUUGAGAGUGACUCUGGAGAUGCUACCCACCAUCCAAGAGAAACCACUAAUAUGAGAACACAGACUGUUGCAUCUUAUUUUCGGUAUUCUCUCAUGGAUCUCCUCUCCAAAAUGGUAGCAGGACAGCCCCACUUUGUCCGGUGCAUCAAGCCUAACAAUGAUCGUCAAGCCAGCAAGUUUGACCGAGAAAAGGUGUUGGUCCAACUCCGUUACACGGGUGUCCUCGAAACAGCUAAAAUUAGGAGGCAGGGGUAUUCUCAUCGUGUCCUCUUUGCAAAUUUCAUCAACAGGUACUUUUUUCUUGCUUUCAAAUCCAAUGAAGAUCCUCCAGUUAGCCCUGAAACGUGCAUUGCAAUUUUGGAAAAAGCAAAACUUGACAACUGGGUUAUUGGAAAAACCAAAGUGUUUCUCAAGUAUUACCACGUGGAGCAACUAAACCUGAUGGUGAAGGAGAUGAUUGACAGAGUUGUUCUCGUCCAGGCGUGUGUGCGCGGGUGGCUCGGAGCCAAAAGAUAUCAGCGAACGCAGGAGAAAAGACAGCAGAGUGCCGUCGUUCUGCAGUCAGCUUACAGAGGAUACAAAGUCCGAAAAGACCAUCCUCAAGAGAAGAAUAAAAUUAAGAUGGAGAAAUUCAUUACUCAGCUGCAGGCUGUUUGCAGGGGCUAUCUGUCCAGGCAGCAGUAUAGGGAAAUUGUCGAUGAGAAAAACAAGGCGGCUGUGAAGAUUCAAGCGUGCUAUAGAGGACACAAGGACAGGAGAAGCUACAGAAGGAAAAAGGAAACUAUGUUAAAAGAAGAAAAAUCAAGGAAAGCAAAGACUGAUGAAAUGUCAUCUUGUGACACAAACACAAUUGAGAAUGGUGUUUGUGAGACUCACGUUAAUGAAGACGAAGAUACUAAGGCAGCUGUAGUUAUUCAGAGCAAUUACAGGGGAUACAGAGAACGAAAGCGCUUUAAAGAGAGACAGCAAAAUCAUAAUUUCAGUUUAGAGGAUGCCACAUCGGUUACAGAAGAGGCAAGUGAAAGGAUAGCGGAUUUCGUUGAAGACAAUGAUCAGACAGAUAACAGCGAGGAAGAAGUCAAAGCUGCUACUGUUAUCCAGAGCAAUUUUAGAGGCCAUCGAGAAAGAAAGAAGCUCGAGGAAGAGGGGAAGAUUCCCUGCCGCGGCAAGAAGUCAUCUCAAAAGUCAACACUUGAAAACUCUGUAAAGUCUGGGAGCGAAGCUUCUGAAAUAAAUGGACAGGUUGAGGACGAAACCAAAGCUGCCGUGGUUAUUCAGAGUAAUUAUCGGGGGCAUAAAGAGAGAAAGAGGUUGCAGGAAGAAGGCAAAAUACCAAACAAGAAGAACAAAGAACCAAUCGAAAGAGACUCAGAUGAGCAAACUACCGAGGAAGACUCGCCUACAGAGCUCGAUGAGGAUAAAGCGGCCACAGUGAUCCAGAGUAAUUACAGGGGGCAGCAAGAAAGGAAGAGACUUAAAGAACAAAAGGAAAUGGGCCAAAGACAGGGAACUGCUAGCGUAGCUCAGCCAUCCGCUUCUGAAGAUGAAGGUCCACAGCAGUAUCACGAGGAAGAACAGGCGGCUGUGAAAAUUCAGAGCAACUACCGAGGCUACAAAGACCGGAAACACCUUAAAGAGGGAGCAGAGCGAGAAGGACAGGAGCUGGUGAGGUUUUCGAGACAGAUCACUCAUUUUUCCGAGAACUACUUGGCUCUGCAGCAGAAACUGAAUGAAAUUAUUCUGGCUCGUCAGCUGAAGCCCUUAAAUCAUGGUGUUUACGUCAAAGAGAAACAGAUGAAUGGAUUUCCGAAACACCACCCACAAGCUGAACAGCCACAGACCAGAUCACCAAGACGACCUCAGCAACCAAAAACACUGGACAGUCCAGAAGACUCAACAUACUACAAUCUUAUUCACAGAUCGGUGCAGGAUGAUAAAAGAAGACCCAGAAAACAGAGUCAGGGUAAACAGUUGGACACAGAAGACCUCUAUUAUAAAGAACUAUCAGCCAGUUUAUCACUUCCCAAAAACAGAAGCCACAUUGCAGCCAAUGAGAGAAAGCCUCCAGGUGAGAAGAGAACCUUGUCAGAGCCAAGAGGAGGACCAACCAGCAAACCAGACAGGCAAUCAAUUGCAAAAGUGCCCUCAACAGACAAUCAAGAAGAGGAUAAUCCCUAUGACUACAGAAAGCUGCUCCGCAAGACGUCCCAGCGACACAGACUCUUACAGCAAUGUUAGCAUUCCACUGACGGGAAAAACAGAU